GUUGGUUCAGGAUGUGACAAAAUGGCAGGAAAACAAGGCCAAGGAAGGGGUUUGCUGGUGGUACAGGUACUUAUUUUACCCAGCCUAGUUGCCAUAGCAACAAGCAGCCUUCCUUUCAACGCAACGCGUCAAGAGGAAGUACAGAAAUCCUGUCAGCUGAUUAAUCCAUCCGAUGAUUCUAAACUGGAAUUCACCUCAUCUCCGCUUACACCGGUCACAGUGGUAAUUGACCGCUAUUUUGCAAUUAACUGCUCUGCCAGAAACUUUUGUGACAUCAAAUGGCUAAAGGACUUUUCUUUGGAGUUUCCCUUUGGGGACACACCUUGGAUCCAAUUGAGUGACUCCAAGGAGGAGUUACAGCUACUCAGACCUAAACAUGAUCAAAAGGGCAACUAUACAUGCAUAGUAACAGAUGGCAAUGUGAGCAUCAAUCGGACUGUUGAGGUUUUCAUUACAGAUACCCCGUGGAUCUACAAGCCCAUCAGUCGUCAAGCUAAAACCUGUACCAACCAAACAGCUAAUAUCGGACAACAAAUUGAGUUCUUCUGCUGCUUCUUCAACGGAGAGAAGAUUUAUGACGUGAACAUGACCUGGGAGAAGCAAAUAGAGACGUCGCCAGGUAUUCAAGAAUGGAAGCCAGUUGAGUGUUUAGAGCAAUCUAUAUAUGAGGAGAAGGUUGACUACACACAUAUUGAUAAGGACAGUGGAUACAACGAAAUGCCUACUGCUGGAAAGCAUUUGCGUAUUGACGUCGUUGAUCCAGAGGCAUUUGGCUAUUAUCGUCUCGUAGCAACCUCAAGCUUUGGAAAUGAAAGUACAUGGGUGCUUUCUCUAUCAGAGACACCGAAGGCCAACUUGACUGCUAUCAUCGUCAUCAGUGUGUCUUCAGCAUGUCUGCUUCUUAUCUUAGUCUCUGGAGCCCUCACAUGGCAAUUCAAGAGAAAGAACAUCUUAUUAUAUGUCAUGCAUCAUUAUAGAUCACUGGAAGAAGAUGGUGGAAAGACAUAUGAUGCAUUUAUCUGCUAUGCUGAUGAAGAUCGGCAUUUUGCACUUUCUUUGCGUCAAAAUCUUAAGGAUGAAAGAUACAACGUUUGUGUUAAAGACAUUGAUAUUCUUGCUGCAACAACCCUUGUUGAAGAGCUCAUAGAGGCCUUGAAGGAUAGUCGUCGCUGCAUCCUCCUCAUUUCUCCCGAUUUUCUGACUGCUCAACAUAGUGCUCUCCAAGUGGAUGUUGCUAUUGAUCAAGUCAUGAAGAAGCAGUUGAGGAUCAUUCCCAUCAUCUACCGGGAUGUCAAUGCAGCAGAUUUAUUAGCAAUACCUGAUCUGAACCGCAUCUUAACAAACAUUGAAUCUAUUACCUGGGAUCCAAACAACGAAGAGACGUCUACAGAGCAGCUGCUUAGAUAUAUGGCAACAAGACGAUGGAGUGACAUCGACAGCAUGGAAGAGAGGAACGCCCAGGAGGAUUUGUAAAACAAGUCCUACAAAUGAGGCUGAGUAACUUUAAAAGCACUGGACACUAUUGGUAAUUACUCAAAAUAGUUGUUAGCAUAAAAAUUGGCUUGGUAACAAGCA